AUGGAGGCUUGGAAAGUUUGUGUGUUGGUUGUGGCCCUUGUUCUGGCUGUGAGUGAAGGCAAGAAAGACAAGAAAUACAAGCUGAAGGCAAGGAGCUUAAAGCCUGGCAGUGUCUACAGGAGACAGGUCAGCUGCGCACCCAACCAGUUUCAGUGUACCAACGGUAACUGCGUCCAGCCGGAGUGGCAGUGUGACUUUGACAACGAUUGUGGGGACGGCUCAGAUGAGGCCAAUUGCCCCAGCGACUGUAGCGGGGAGCACCAAUUCAAGUGUGGGGACGGCAAAUGUAUCACCAGAGAGUUCCAGUGUGAUGGUGACAACGACUGUGGGGACAUGUCUGAUGAGACAGACUGCCAUAAAGUAGAAUGUACACCUGGCAACGUCCACUGUGACAACUUCCUGUGUAUUGACACCACCUGGCUAUGUGAUGGGGACAAUGAUUGCGGGGACAACUGGGAUGAGAGAAACUGCACCGGCUCCUGUGCAGCCAACCAGUUCAAAUGUGCUGACGGCUCCAAGUGUAUCGACGCCAGAUGGGAGUGUGACGGAGACAGAGAUUGUGCUGACUCCAGUGACGAGCUCAACUGCGUAUGUGAUGAGAACACCCAGUUUAAAUGCGCCAACGGCCCAUGUAUCCCAAUCAACUGGAAAUGCGACAAGGACAAUGAUUGUGGUGACGCCUCUGAUGAGCUUGGAUGCCCCACCCUCCACCCCAGUUUGUGUAGCGACAUGCUCACCGUCCGCGACUGUGCUCUGAUGAACGAGACUGCUCACCCCAUCUGUUUGGACGCUGUGGAUGGACACAAAUACUGCAGGAAGUUCUGUAACCUGUGCAUGAUCGACCCAAACAUCACUCACCCAUAAGUGCCAGACCCCCAUCAAGUGUGUCUUCAUUUUACUUUCCAUAGUUCCGCGAGUAAUUGUUUUUCUUAGUUGACCCCAAAUGCUUUUAAGAUUAUCGAAUCUAUGUGUAUGGUUUUGAGUAAACGGCAUGUGCAUGCAAUUAAAAAAAAGGUUUUGUUGAAAUAAAAAUAUAUUCAAGUUG